AUGGCUGCUGCAGUGAAGGUAUUUGAUGCACACGGGGGUGGCGGCGAGGGGAGGACGGGGGACGAGAGGCACCGGGCUCCGAGCCGGUGCCCGCAGCCGCCGGCCGAGGGCUGGAGGCGGCCGAGCGCUCGGGGGGGGGGCGAGCAGACGGGGCGGCCCCCGGGAGGGGGGGAAGCGGCGGCCGUGGCGAAUGGCUCUGCCCCCGGGGGGGGUGACCCCUGCCCCGGCCCCACCGCCCGGGCUUUGUCCCCGCCGGCCGCCCCGUCCCUCCUCCCGCCCUUCCCCGCCCUCCGCCGGCUCUGCCUCAACUUUAGAGGCAGGUCCCGGAGGCUCCGGGAGCGGGACCGGCACCGGGCGGGGGCUGGCAGCCUCCUCCCCACCCCGGCAGCACGGAAAGGACGCGGACACCCGGAGCCGACGGCGACAGAGGAAAAAUCCCGGUAUCGCCUCGAUCAGCGUGGUUUUGGCAGCACCCACCAAAGGGGACGGGGACAGGGACAAGGAGAAGCCGUGCCAGCGCAGGGCAGUGGGGAGACGACCACCUCGCAGCACCCUCACCCUGGAAAUCGAAGGGAAGAGGAGCUCCACCAGGACCUGGGGUUAGGACUGAGCUUUCCAGCCCGGAGGAGGCUGCUCCUGCUGUGGGUUUGCAGCGGUAAAGUUGUCCCUGGCUUUUGGGGCCGGGCUGGCGUGGUGGCAUCCCUCCUCCACAAGCACAACAUGCGUGGAGCUGAGCACGGGACCUGCGCUCCCCCAAGGAUCCUCAAGACCCCAUCACCCCCUGUGGAUUCGGAAGGGGGCUCUGCCAGCACCAUGGGCAGGGUGCCGGGACCCCCACCGGUGACUCGUGGGGACGAGGACACGGGUGACGACAUGGCACCGCGCUCCCCGGGGACAACGUGAGGGUCAGGACCUCUCUGCCAUCAACCCGUCGUGAAGCACAGCUCUCGGUGACGUGAGUGGACACCGUGCGAUGCGGACGGCUGAGAAAGUUUGGAGAAGAGACGAGGUUUGGUCUGCAAAAUGGUCAGGGGCCGUGCAGACGCCCUUCCCAUCCCGUCCCCAAGGGUAAGGGCUUGCUCUGUCCCCGUGGCUGGAGCCAGGCGUGCCCAGGAGGGUCCCAGGCCAUGGAGCCACUGAGCCCGAGGCAUCGGGGGAUGAGGUCUGCAGCUCAACGAGGUGAAAAGGAAAAAAACAAAACCCCAAACCCAAGCGUAUUAAAGGUGUUCCAAACCUACAGCAG